AUCGCUUUGUCGCGUCGUGACCCCGGUCGAGCCAGCCAGCAGCGGCCCUUCGCCAUCACGCACCGGCCUGACGCAGCGACGUCCGCCCUGCUUGCCCGGUGCUGCUGCGUGGAUGUCUGCUGCCGUGGCAUGGUCCUUUCGGUGAGUCGGAUUCGAAAACACAUACCCAUCAACACACCGCGGCCUGCUCGGAGCAGCACAGAGGAGGCGGUGGCUGGCACGGAGGCCCACGACUUUCCGCACGGCGUCUCGACAGCGUCCAGUCCACGCCUGCUCCACACCACAGCCUCAGACCGCCACGACGACAGCGGAGCUGCUCCUUCCCCGCUCCAUCCCGUCAGACGCACGGACGACAAACUUUGAGCCGCAUCGCGUGUCCGGCCAGCGUCGAAACCUGAUGCCAAGUCCACCGCAAACACAACAUCAUGGCAGAACGAGGCCAAUUUCGCGGAGGUCGCGGUCGCGGUGAAGGGCGUGGCAGAGGUGGUGGUGAUCGCGGAGGUCGAGGUGGUGGUCACGCGCAAGGCGGCGAGCGAAAGAAGGAAAACAUCCUCGACUUGUCCAAGUAUCUUGAGAAGGGGAUUACUGUCAAAUUCAGCGGUGGUCGAGAAGUCACGGGGACAUUGAAAGGAUAUGAUCAGCUCAUGAAUCUGGUUCUCGAUGACGUGAAGGAGACGACGCGAGACGAAGAGGGCAAUACCAGCACAAGAAAUCUCGGUCUGCUUGUCGCACGUGGAACGCUUCUCGUUCUCAUCAGCCCCGUGGACGGCAGCGAAGAAAUCGCAAAUCCUUUCGUGCAAGCCGACGAAGACGAAUGAACGCACAGCAAUCAGUGAGGCCCAGGCAGGCGUCUCCCAAAAUUCUGCAAAGCAUGCAACGGGGGAAGGAACGAACUGCUGUGCAGGCACGCUUUGCAGCAGCACGACCUCGAGCAAGUGGCAAUUGCGCCAGCAAUCAACACAGUGCUGCAAACGCACACGAAGCCUAAUCGAGCCAUACUGGGCAAUUUCGGAGCCGUUAGCAAACGCUUGAGCAGCUCCAGCUCAGUUAGAUCAAGGACCGCAUCAUGGGCUCCCUGCAGAAAGACGACGAAUAGCACAAAAACAUGCAAAAUAAGACGACUCGAGCACCCCAAGCCCGGCCCGUCUGUCACGCAUC